AUGCCUUCGCAAGCCACACUGCCUGACCUGCCGCAUGGCCAAUUGCUCCCAAACGGCCUCGGCGAUGAGCCGCCUCUUUCUCAGAACGAUCCAACCAUCGGCUAUAGGCUGAAUCACACCAUGCUGAGAAUUCGCGAUCCACGAAAAUCAUUGCAUUUCUAUAUCGACCUUAUGGGUAUGCGCACCAUUUUCGCAAUGAACAUUGGACCUGUCAAUGCAUGGUACCUGGGCUACCCUAAAACGUUUGAGCAUCAGGCAGACCUCAAGAAGUUCGGCGCGGACACUGUUAAGAAUCUGAGGCAGUUCGAGGGUCUUCUAGAGCUAGGCCAUGUCAAGGGGUCAGAGAACCAGCCGGAGGGGUACUACCAGAAUGGCAAUGACCCUCCGAAUCUAGGCUUCGGCCACUUGGGCUUCACGGUCCCUGACGUGCCAGCGGCCCUUAAAAGGUUGAAAGAGAACGGUGUCGAAGUCGUCAAAGACCUUGGAGAAGAGACUACGCGUGCGUCCAUCUCAAUCACCGAGUGGGAGAACGAGCGUGGAAUAGGCGUGGAGGAGAAAGGAACCGAUACCGAGAUUCACGCGACCUUCAGGGAGAUGUACAAAAAUGUUGCAUACGUAAAAGAUCCGGUAAGUCGCAUACAUGAUGAAUAUCUGUCGUCCUGA